AUUUCUUUUUAAUCUGAGAGACAAGGGUAGGAUGUAUGGUGCCUACUCUUAGGCAAAAUCAGACCUGAGAGCUCUCUGUAUAUCAAGUUUCGCUCUUCCCCAUGCAAAAUUCAAACCCUUUGACAUCACACAAACUAAUGACUGAACAAGCACCUGUUUCAGAUUUUCCUUUGGUCUCUGUGUAACAAAGUAGAAUAAACUUUGAAUUCAUUUCCCUUAGGAAAAUGGACUCAGGCUUCCCACACAUCUUACAAAAAGAACUCUCUUGCUUCAUCUGCCUAAACUUCAUGAUGGACCCGGUCACCAUCAGCUGUGGGCACAGCUUUUGUAGGCCCUGUGUCUGCCUUACCUGGGAAGAAGCCCAAAUUCCUGCCCGCUGUCCAGUAUGCAGGGAACCUUCACGACGGGAAGAUUUCAAAACCAAUAUUCAUUUGAAGAACCUAGUUUCCAUUGCCAGACAAGCUAGUCUCCAGCAGUUCUUCGACUCUGAGGAGGGCAUGUGUGGGACACAUAAGAAGAUGAAGAAGAUAUUCUGUGAAGAGAACCAGAGCCUGCUCUGUGUGCACUGCUCUGAUUCCCCCGAGCAUGAGGCUCACAGGCACCGCUCCAUUAGCGUGGCUGCUGAGGACUACAGGGAGGAGCUGGUAAAGAAAAUGAGACUCUUAUGGGAAAAGAUCCAAGAAAAUAAGAAAAAUCUGAAUGAGGAGAGCAGAAUAAUCACCCAGUGGAUGUGGUAUGUGUCUCUGCACAAACAGAUUAUCAGGGCAUCUUAUAAAAUGCUGCAUCCAGUUCCCCAUGAAGAUGAAAGACGACACACUCAGACACUUAUAAAGGAACGGAAUAAGAUUUUCCAACAGCUUAAGAAAAGCAAAGCCAAAAUGAUUCUAAAGAAGAAACAGCUAAGAAAAAUGUGCAAAGAACUGAUGAAAAUGUACCAUCAACCAGAUGGGGAGCUGCUCCAGGAUUUGGGAGACAUGUUAACAAGGUGUGAGUCACUACAGCAGCCUGUGCCCCAGCCUGUGAACCCAGAGCUCAAGGCUCAACCUGUCACUGGGCUGAUAGACAGGCUCAGGCACUUCCAAGUGGAAAUUUCCUUCGAUAAUGAAAUAACCAAUUAUGUCAUGCUCCUUGGCCAUGUGAGAAGGUUAAUGUUUGGACAGGACAAUCAAGACACAUCUCCACAUUCUGAUGACAUCUCUGACUAUUUUGCUGCCUGGGGAGACCAGAACUUCACCUCUGGGAAACAUUACUGGGAGCUGGAAGUGAAUGACUCUUGGGACUGGGCUCUAGGAGUCUGCAAGGAUUCCAGCAUCAGGAAGAAGGGCACACUGAUUGGAUCUGAGGACAUAUUUCUUCUUCUGUGUAUGAAGGAGGAUAAUCAUUACAGAAUCUUAACCACUUCCCCAAUGUUUCCUCACUAUGUAGAGAAACCUAUGAGCAGAGUUGGUGUGUUUCUUGAUUUUGAAAAUGGAAGUGUGAGUUUUGUGAAUGUUGCUAAAAGUUCCUUCAUAUGGAGGUACCCUGCCGGCUCCUUCAAUUUCCCUGUCAGGCCCCUUUUUUUCACUGGCUGUGCAUGAUCAGGGGUCAUUCUGGGACCUGGCUGGAUGCCUGAGAUCACCAUAUCUGAAGAAGUCCUUCUCAAGUGAAAUAAACAGUAUCAUACUUCACUGUUUUAAGUUUUUUUCUACUUUAUAAUUGUAACUUCAUUUUAUGUUAUUAAAUAUGAAGACAAUGUGAAUGCAAAAUUCAAUGGUUUGAAUUUUAUUAAUUAAAUCAUGUUUUAUUAUUCAUUAUCCAGAACAUAUGCUGUGGUUGCCUACUGCUUUCUGAGCUUGUAGUGGUUGAAAUACACAUGGAUGUGUGACUCCAAAGUAAGUUCUACAGGAGCACAAUUUGCACAUCUGGACCAGAUCUGGUUACCUGCAGUGCAAUGUCAAUUUAAAGUCUUCUUGGUCCUAUAAAUAUUGCUCCUUGGUUCACCCUCAGUAGAAAAAGCAGCCCACAUCCUUUAGAGAGAAUUCUCCCUGAGCCAAAAGAAUUUAGCCUGCCCAAAAGAGCUAGUACUUUUCAUUUAUGGUAUAUGAGUCAAAACUUGAAGGAAAUGACUGUUCUGUAGUCAAUGCAGUAUUUCCAGCAGGCAGCAUAAUGGUUAGAUUGUAAGGAGAAUUAUCAAAUACUUGAAUGAUAAAACUAAUGGAUGAGAUAAUUAUCUUAUCUGAAAGAAGAGUUUUGCUAUUUAAGAGAGUCAUUUUCGGUUAAUGUUUCAAAUUUCAGAGAUUGAGGUUGACUUGUAAACUUAUUGAAAUAAGUGAGCUUCCUUAAAUCUUGAUCCAUGCUUCAUUGUUUUUGAAGUAUUCUCACAUGUUGGGGGAGUCAAAGAGUACCAGGGCUCUAAUAGUGUGUCAUAUAGAAGUGAAUGUGUGUGUUAGUCAACAUUCUCAUACAUUACUUUAAAUCAUCCCGUGGCAGAUGAGAUGGAAGGACAGAAGAGGUGGCAUGUACCAAUGUCAUUUCACUAGUCCAAGUGAUCAAUUUCAGUUCAUAAUCGAUCACACUGAUAGGUCUAAGAGUCAAAGGGAUCACACAAAUAAGACUAGUGUCUGUUGAUACUAGCUGAUAGAAUAAAAAAGGGAGAGAACAAUCCAUCAUGGGAAGCAGGAUACACAGCAGACUCAUAGAAUGGCAGAUGUCCUAAAUAGCACUCUGGCCUCAGAAUCAGCCCUCAAGCCAUUCAGAUAUGGCUGAAGAGCCCAUGAGAGUAUUUUAGGCAUGGAAAGCCAAGACACCCUGGAAAAAAAAAAAAAAAAGAAGACCUAAAUGGAAGAUCUCUGCGAGUGAGAUCCCAGUGGAAAGACCGGGUCAUCAAAGAAGGAGGUACCUUUCUCUGAAGGGAGGAGAGAACUUCCACUUUGACUAUGAUCCUGUCAGAAUAAGAUCGAAGUGGGCGAACUCAAAAGGCUUCCAUAGCCUUGGCAACUCAUGACUAGAGCCUAGGGAGAUUACUGAUGCCAUAAACAAGAGUGUCAAAUUGUUAAGUCAACAACAGGAGUCACUGUGUACUUCUCAUGUGGGAUCUGUCCUUAGUGUGUUGUCCAAGGUGAACUAAUGCUAUAACUAGUACUGAAACAGUAUUUUACACUUUGUGUUUCUGUGUGGGUGCAAACUGAUGAAAUCUUUACUUAAUACAUACUAAAUCGAUCUUCUGUAUAUAAAGAUAAUUGAAAAUGAAUCUUGAUGUGAAUGGAAUGGGAGAGGGAGCGGGAGAUGGGAGGGGUGUGAGGGGGAGGGAAGCCAUUGUAAUCCAUUAACUGUACUUUGGAAAUUUAUAUUUAUUAAAUAAAAAAUUCUAAAAAAAAUUUUAAAAAAAGAAAAAAAAGAAAUGCAGACAUGAUUUCCUACAGUCAUCCCAAUACCCGAUCAAACACUAAUUCAUUGAUUUUUUGUUUUAACUGUUCUGUUGUCACCCUUCAGUGUAUGUUCACCAAUGCAUUUCCACCAGAACAUAGUGCAAAACAUAGUAAGUUCUUUUCAAUGAAAAAAAAAAUGUCUAAAGUUUGUUAGAC